CCAGCUGGCCGCCCCCUUUUCAAUCAUCCAGCCAAAUCCACCUUAGCUUCGCUUCCUCCCCGUCUACUUCUGCUCUGAACCCAAAUCCCAAAUCCCGAAUCCCGAAUCCCCAAACCCGCCGGCGAUGGCUCGCGGCAGCCGCUCCGGGAGGAACGGCGGCGGCGGCGGGUGCGCGAGCUGCUGCCUGGGGUUCCUGCUCAAGUUCCUCGCCUUCCUCCAGGCCUUCGCCGCCGUCUCCGCCGUCCUCUACGCCGCCUCCAUCCUCUCCCGCUGGGCGCGGCACCACGAGCUGCACUUCGACCGCCUCCUCCCCGACCUCUGGUUCGCGUGCGCCGUCAUGGCCGCCGGCCUCCUCUACUGCGCCAUCCUCCUCGCGGGCUACGUCGCCGCCGAGGUCAACAGCGGGUGCUGCCUCUGCUUCUAUACCAUCCUGGCCAUGGCGAUGAUGCUGCUAGAAGCUGCCGUGGCCGGCCACCUCCUCCUCAACGAGCACUGGAUGCAGGAUCUGCCGUAUGACCGCACGAGAGAGCUCGAGAACCUCGUCUCCUUUGUCAACAACAACCUCGACCUCUGCAAAUGGGCUGCUCUCGCUACCGUCGCCACACAGGCGUUCUCGCUUUUCUUGGCAAUUACUCUACGAGCCAUGGUUUCGUCCACCAAUGCGGACUUUGACAGCGACGAAGAUUUUGUGGUCAUAAGGAGGCCGCUGCUUCUUGCCCAAGGUGCUCCAGCCUAUCUCCCUACCACGGCCGACCCUAGAGGUGCCCACCCUGGCCUAUGGAGCUCAUCGAUGAGGCAAAAGGUGAAUUUGUUUUUAGCCUCAAGUACUUACUUAUGCUGAUUUCAGAUGGGACUAUGUGACCUAAGCAAGAGUGCACUAUCGUUAAAGACAGUACCUGGUUGUAAGAAAAAAAACUGGUACAACCCCAUAGAGAACUAGUCGCAAAAUGUAAAUGUAUGCAUUAUGUCUGUACAACACUGUUCUCCCUAGCAAUUUGAAGAAUGUUUGGAACCAUUAAGCAAUCAUGUAUUUUGCUCUUUGGUCUCAGUUCUUCCAAGAUUUUUUUUCUUGGGAAUUCUAUAUCGACACCCACAGUUACUCAUAAGUCAUGACCCUCAGUUUCUUGAUACCCUCUAGCCAUGACGCUUUUCAACUUCUUUUUUUCUCUGCUAUAAUUAUUUUUUACUCUACUACAUGACUAGUGCUGGAUUUAAAACAUAACCUAAUUGUAGCACACACCGUAGUUCAAGCAUUUCUAGACGAAUAUCAGUUCAUUUCAUUCUCUGUAGGUUGGAUCCUAUGUUAGCUUAAGUUCUGACGAGUUAUGAGGAUGAUUGACUAGCUGGUGGGCAGUAAUAUUUAAAGCCUGCAAUUUUUAACUGAAUCAUAUGUUGUUGAGUUGCAAAGACAAGCUAAAUAGCUAAUUGGCUGAAAGCUAUUCUCAUGCGGAGCAUGUUGAUUGCAAAAGUUAAGUAAACAAAACUUGGAGAAGCAAGUUAUGAAU